CGGCGAUUCACUGACCCGGUUCCAGCGAGCAGCGGCGUCAGGGUGGUUUGAACCAGCGGCGCGGGGAGCGCGCGGAGCGGACAGUCCUCUGGUGUCCGGGACCGACGCGCAGCGCGCAGCGCAAUGCUGGAAACCAAGUGGCCCUGCGCGCAAUGAAUCCUUCCAACGGAACCAGAGCCGAGAGGAGCGCGGAGCAGUCCGUGUUUGCCGCUGGCACCUACAAACUUCUCGCCUUCGCCAUCGGGACCAUCGGGGUGUUCGGCUUCUGCAACAACGUCGUCGUCAUCGUGCUGUACUGCAAGUUCAAGAGGCUGCGCACGCCCACCAACCUGCUGCUGCUCAACAUCAGUGUGAGCGACCUGCUGGUGUCCGUCACCGGGAUAAACUUCACGUUUGUCGCGUGCGUCAAGGGCGGAUGGGUCUGGAGCCAGGCGACGUGCGUCUGGGACGGCUUCAGCAACAGCCUAUUCGGCAUUGUUUCCAUCAUGACGUUGGCUGCCCUGGCCUAUGAGCGCUACAUCCGGGUGGUCCAUGCCCAGGUGGUGGACUUCCGCUGGGCAUGGCGGGCCAUUGCCCACAUCUGGCUGUACUCCCUGGCCUGGACGGGGGCCCCUCUGCUGGGUUGGAACCGCUACACUCUGGAGAUCCACCAGCUGGGCUGUUCUCUGGACUGGGCAUCUAAGGACCCGAAUGAUGCCUCCUUCAUCCUCUUAUUCCUCCUUGCCUGUUUCUUUGUCCCCGUGGGUAUCAUGAUCUACUGCUAUGGGAACAUCCUCUAUACAGUGCAAAUGCUGCGCUCCAUCCAGGACCUCCAGACGGUUCAGAUCAUCAGGAUCUUGCGCUACGAGAAGAAGGUCGCUGCCAUGUUUCUCCUGAUGAUUUCCUGCUUCCUGGUGUGUUGGACACCCUACGCUGCCGUGUCCAUGAUCGAGGCCUUUGGCAGGAAGAGCAUGGUGUCUCCCACAGUGGCCAUCAUCCCCUCUUUCUUUGCCAAGUCCAGCACAGCCUACAACCCCCUCAUCUACGUGUUCAUGAACAGAAAGUUCCGCCGCUGUUUGCUGCAGCUCCUCUGUUCGCGGCUCUCCUGGCUGCAGCGUAGCCUCAAGGAGCGCCCCCUGGCUCCGGUCGAGCGCCCCAUCCGGCCGAUCGUUGUGUCCAACGCUUGCGGAAGCAGGGUCCGACCCAAAAAGAGGGUGACGUUUAGCACCUCCUCCAUCGUCUUCAUCAUCACCAGCGAUGACUUCCACCACCUGGGCGUGACCUCCAAGUCUGGAGGAUCCUCAGAGGUCAAUGUCAUUCAAGUGAGGCCACUGUGAUCCACGACGACCCCGACUCCCGACCCCACCACUCAGAAUGCCUUAGGAUGUCUCGUGCAAACCCAAACCAAAAUUAUCCGGACUGACCUCUCUACAUCUACUCACUGUUACGGACUUGUUAACAGUUACUGAAAGUGUGACAUCUUCAUUUGGUAUCAUCAGCUGUACAUAAUGUUGUAGUUCAUUUCUCUCAGAAAAAGAAUCACACUUAUUUGUUAGAUAUGCCACACGGUGUAUGUGACAACUGGAAGACUGUGUUGAGCAUAUAGCUGCCAGCUGUGUUAUGGACCUGAGUUUUGAUGAUCCAUGUGCGAUUGCAGAUUGUUUUAGUUGGUACCCAACUCCAAGUGUGUAAAAUGGAAAAUAAGCCUUAGCUCCUGAAACCUUAGUACACAAACUGACAUUACUAUGUAUGGAUUCAAUAAAGAGAUCAUAUUUUAAGCUA